GGGGGGUCGAACUGCCGGCAGAAAACAGCAAGACGUGAUUUCGUCGUCAGCCUUCCAACUUGGAAUAUUCAGGUGUUGUCUGGACUGGAAAAAAACGUCUGCAGAUUUCGUCUGGACAAACGAAGGCAGGAGCUGAAAAUGGCUGUCCUGCUCUUAACGUUAGUGAUUUCCACACUCUUCGCUGCCUCGCUUGGAUGUCCGACGGUUUGCGCAUGCUCAAUCAAAUAUGGGGAUUUGUUUGCCCAAUGCGCCAACAAAGACUUGAUCGAAAUCCCAACAAGCUUGCCUCCUACUGUCAACGUUGUUAGUUUCUCAGCAAACAAGAUCCGUUUGGUACCUCACGGCAUUUUCCACAAUGUCACCCAGAUGAUGUCGCUAUGGAUGGGCCACAAUGAAAUUAUCUCCAUCGAGCCAGGAAGCCUCACGCCCAUGGUUCUUCUCCGUAACUUGGACAUCAGCCAUAAUAAAAUCAUCAGUUUCCCAUGGAGGGAUCUGCAGGAUCUCACUGGCUUGCAGUUACUUAAGCUGAACCACAACGAGUUGGUCAGUCUGCCCAGAGAUGCCUUCAUUCAUCUCCAGAACUUGAAAUCUCUUCGUCUUAACAAUAACAAGUUCUUAACUGUAGCUGAGGGGACAUUUGAUUCUCUGAUGUCCUUGUCCCAUUUACAGAUCUUCAACAAUCCUUUUGCAUGCACUUGUUCCAUCACUUGGUUAAGAGAUUGGCUCUCAACAACGACCAUCUCCAUCACUGAGCAGAAUUUGAUCACUUGUGCCACUCCAAUCACACUUCAAGGAGAAACAAUAAUAAACGUGCCUGAUAUAAAAUGCCCUCAACCAAAAGUCACAAUACGGACCGAACCAAAUAUCGACGACACGACUUUGUACGAGGGCGAUACUUUGGUCUUACAUUGCGAGUAUGACGGCAAUCCAAAACCAUUGGUCACGUGGCGUCGACGCGGUCAAGCGCAAGAACUGGACCUGACUUCUACAGAGGAUCAAUCAAGUGAAAGGUCCUCAUUGCCAAAUCAUUCGGUGCGGAUCUUUAAUAACGGAACCCUCAUCAUCUCACACCUCAGCGCAGCGGCUGGAGGCAACUACAGCUGCUCCGCCUCCAAUGAAUUUGGCACCGCAGUAGAUUCCCUUUCCGUCAAAGUGGUACCUUCAUCAGAAGAAACAUCUGCACAGGACGAGAUCACGCCUGGUCUUGACAAUGCAACACAACAACCGAUGCAGUCCGUGACUGAAAUAUCUCAUUUCGAUUCUGUCUCCAACCCGGAUUUGCCUACCACGGAAGCCAAACCUCAAUCUUUUAAAACGCUAACCGGUGCAUCUAAAUGUGGACUGAACGCCAAAAAAUUGCACAUCUCCAGUCAUUCCUUGAACGCCAGCGUGCAUGACACAAAUCAUUACAUGUUUGACUUUGGCGUCAUCGCACUUUGGGUGUCAGAAACCGAGGCGACCAUACGACUGAACCCGCUUCUUAUCCCUAGACGGGCAAACCGAAGCGUCGUCUUUGUGGCAGCUUCGGAAAGUCACCGGAACGGCACGGGAAAUCCCGAUGAAAGAAUCGCUUCGCCGGGACUCCAUUUGUGUGUCACCGCCAACCACAAACACUCACCUGUUCUGUGGUCGCCGGUUAAAGAAGGUCUGGGAACUUACCUCCUCAGCGAUUUGCGGCCUGGCACCAACUACUCCCUCUGUUUGACCUACAAGGGGGAAGACUGUGAGGUCCAAGUCCUCUUUGCCACCAAAAAGAAAGUCCCCAAUCUGAUCAUCAUCAUCUCAGUCAGCAUCUGCCUUCUGACUGUGUCCACGGUUCCUCUUCUAGGAGCCAUGUGCUUCCACUUGGUGCAUAAGUACCGCAGUAAAACCUACAAGUUGAUCCUAAAAGCCAGAGACCAGUACCAAAUGGAGAGGAGCCGGGCCACCAACAUCAACAUCCCACCACUGACUGAAUCUCCGAAGAAUAUGAACGCCGAGCGACUGGAUGAGGACGACGGGUCCACAGAGAGUCUGGACGGAGAGAAGGAGGCGGAUACGGAAGACAGCAUCAUGACCGAGACUGGCACUUUGUCUCAGUCGAGAGGGAAUUUGGACGAAUGCGAGGUCGGAUCGGACUUCAGCGACAGGCUCCCUUUGGGGGCCGAAGCUGUCAAUAUCGCAAGCGACUAGAAAUACUCGCAACAAGUGCACUUGGUCAAAUACUAUGCUGCUUUUGUUUCACUUUGUGCCAGUGAUGUCAGCGAUGUUAGUCUUAUGUGAAUGUGCUCCAGUCUCAAGUGAGGGACCAAGACAUUCGUCAAUUUACCAAGCGAGCAACUAGCUAACUAACUCACUCACUCACUCACUCGUUAGACAAUCGGCAAUAAUCGUAGGGUAGAUGAUGAGAUAAGAGACACCUGAUUAAAAAAAAAAAAAUUGGUGUAUUAUAAUAGCAGUUGUCAUUGCUAACUUGCUAAGAGACAUCAUUCUUUGGGUAGCAAUAAAGAUUGGAAAUUGCAAACAUGUAGCAAAUAAUUAGCUAGCAGGAAAAAAGACAAUGUACUAUACGUGCUGUGGCGGAGCUACCAAAUAUUUUCCUUAGGGGGGGCAAGGGGUCGGGUAUUAUAUUCAGUGAUUUCAUCGCAUAACACUUCUCCAAUCAGUUCUGUGUUUUGACAAUGUCUUCAAACUUAAUUUUUUGCUGACAUCCACAUUUUUUCUGUUUUGUUUUUGAUAGAAUGUGUCGUCAAAUACAAAAACAUACUGCGAUUUUUUUUUAUGAACAUAGCUGUAAAACCAACCCCUUCUUGAAUCCAUUUUUUUUUCUUACUGCCUCUUUUCUAUUGUGCAUUCUGGCAUUUAAAACAGCAGUUGUGUUUCGACGCAAGUUCUUUCACUAUCUCGUUGAACAUUGAUUGCUUUUGAGACACGUGUUAGCUUUAUCGUCAAUAACCAAGAUUCCAUCUGCUGCUUACAUACUGUGCCGGCCCAACUUAGCGACAAGCUUGCAGAUGUGGUUUUGUACUUUGAACUACUUUGUUUUAACAUGGCGUGUUUUUCCAAAA